AUGCCAAGAAAUAAAGAGGCCUGGAAAGAAAUCGCAUCAAAUUUUAAUAGCCGAUGGAAUUUCCCAAAUUGCUUAGGUGCAAUAGAUGGAAAACAUGUAGCGAUUAUAAAACCAGCAAAUUCAGGUAGCCACUAUUUUAACUACAAAAAGACUCACAGCAAAGUGCUGAUGUUGAUAGCAGAUGCAAACUACGAAAUUAUAAUGGCGGAUAUUGGAUCAAAUGGUAGAAUUUCAGAUGGUGGAGUCUUUACCGCAAGAAAAUUUGAUGAAAGACUUCAAGAAAACAAAUCAAAACUCCCAGAUCCAAUAGAACUACCAAAUUUUCCAGAAAAGGUGCCAUACGUAUUUAUAGCAGAUGACGCUUUUCCUUUGAAAGAAAAUAUAAUGAAGCCAUAUAGCCGAAGGGUUUUAAUAUUGGAGGAAAUUU